AGUAACCUUGUAAAUUGAAAUCAAACCCUGAUUUACCCUCUGUGUAUUCCACCCAGUGUAUGUGUGUGUGUGUGUGUGUGUGUGUGUUUGUGUGUAAGAGGGAGAGCCAUGGUUGAAGUUUGUUCUGAGGGCAACUACUGGGAUGGUCUGGUCAAAAGAUGCAUCUCUUGUCAGAUGGUGUGUAAACAGACCCAGCACAUUGUCAGAUGUACAGACUACUGUGUUUCCCAGCAGUGCAGGGCAGUGUCUGGUCAGUACUAUGACAGGCUUCUGAAGAAAUGUCUGCGUUGUGCCGAAGUGUGUGGAAGUCACCCCUCCGAGUGCUCUCACCACUGUCAGACCCAGGGACCAGUCCAGCCCUCUCUGAGCCCUGUGAUUGACACGGCCCUACCGACUGCCCCCCAUAGAGGGCACUCUCCACCCAGAGGCCUGCCCCAUUCUGCUGUACUGAUUUAUUCUCUGCUGGGCCUGUGCCUGGUUCUGCUGCUGUGUACUUUGUCCUUGGCCCUGGUGGUGGUGCUGAGGAGAGCCAGGGCCAGGGCACCACCCUCCAGACCAGGGGUCACAGCAAAUGGUGAUGCCCAGGGAUGUGAGGGCCAGGUGGGACAAGGGCCCAACCAGAACGGCCUGUCCUCUCAAGACCGCCUAAUGAACCCUGGUGGUUCUCAGUUCAAAGUGCUCCCAUCUGUCCGGAGCCCGAGCCCCACUGAGACCUGUGAGUGUGUACACUGCUUCCCUGACCUCCGAGCACCGGCACGGGGGGACAACCACCAGCACCCCCCCCCUCUCUCUGUCUACCAGGCGACUACAGCCCCAUGCUGGGGGGAGCGGACGUCUCUCUACCCCAGGAACCAGGGAGUGGAACUUGGGUCGAGGGUCUUCCCCGGGAGGUCAUGCAAUACGAACGCUGCCCACAGGAUCCACUGAUCACCAUCUCACCAUAACAUGUGACCACAGGACAGAACGUCGCUCAACACCACUGAGUCAUAGCACACCAACAGAACCACUGAGUCAUAGCACACCAACAGAACCACUGAGUCAUAGCACACCAACAGAACCACUGAGUCAUAGCACACCAACAGAACCACUGAGUCAUAGCACACCAACAGCACCACCUCUAAGCCAGCUGGCUUCAACACAGAUCCCAUCAGACCUGGUGUAGAACAAUAGCAUGCUUCUCCGUCUCUGUCUCUGUCCAGGACCUGAACAGGAAACUCUUGACACUGACCUGUUGUUUGACUUCUAACUG